CUGCGCGAGGCUGAAAAACCCAUCUCCUGCAACGCUACGCGGGAGGCGCACGAGUUUGAAUACGUUCUGACUCAUAUUUCAUAGUGAAGAAGUUGCGUUGCAAAACGAGCGACAUGCGAGGCCUGCACACCACGCUGUUGGCUGCUGCAGCUGCAGCGGUGCGGCAAGCCGCAGCGAUGCGACCCGCAGCGAUGCAUCCAACGGCCGCGAUGCGACCGCCGGCACCAAUGCAGCCGAUUGCGCUGGCGACGCGCCGCUGCAUCCUCGCCGCACCCUUGGUAACGCUGCCGCGGCGCGCGAACGCGCUCUACGACACCAAAACGGUGGACGCCGCCAAGGCCACCUACGACGUCGCCGACGCCACGAAGUGCAAAGCAUACCUGCCGCUCCUCGACGCGAGCGGGAAGACGCUUGACGAGCUUGCGGCGAACUGGGACCGCAUCGCGACCGAUGGCGACAGCGUGCGCCGAUACCUCGGGACCGUGGGCGUGACCUCGCCGCUCUUCAAAAUUCGAGGAGGCCUCAGGGGCGUCCUCAAGGCGAAUGAUUUACCAGACGCCUUCGACGCCGUCGCCUUCGCGGAGGCGUCGGAGCAGUUCCUCGCCGAGCUACAGGAUGCGGAAGGGGACGCGUAUGGUUUGCCGCGGCGUCGAACGUGCCUGCUAUACGCCAUCGCCGCGAUGUCCCUCGCCUUACCGGUCAUAUGCCACGCAGGGGCCCAGUUCGCCGACUACAGUACAUCUGUGGGUUCUGGUGGCCAGUCGCCCUCGGCAACCAUGCUCGGCAAGGCCCGGAAGGACGUCGAGCGAGCGCAGAGGUCCUACGCCGAGCUCCUGAAAUUGCUAGCACCACUAAGGUAGCACAU